UGAAAAUAAGAGGUUCCGUUUCCCUAGUCGGCUUCCUACACACAACAAAACACAGAAUAAAACACUUGACUCGGCGAAUCUAGUCACCGGUAUCGCUCGUGAUAACGAUCCAUUCGAGGAUAUUAUGAUUUCUCGACGUGAUUGACGAUACGGAUGUUUUUCACAAUCGUCAUGUGAUAAAGGCUAGUCAGCGAGAGUUUGUGUAUUAAAUCAUGGCCCAAGGACUUAUAACUAAAGAUAUACUUCGGUUUAGCACCGAUAUUGGGGAGUGUGGCAUUGAACUAUGCGUAGGAGAUAUAACACAGCUACCAAAGGAAGAAAAAGUCGAUGUUUUGGUUGUGUCGGCGUUCCCAGGGGACUAUUCGCCUACGCCAAGCUCUCUGAUUGGUCAGCUACAGAUCAAAUUAGGUCUGAGUGUUAGGAAGCUAUCCACUGAUAAAGAGGAAGACCUUCGUAGACAGUACUACUGUUGGUGGUCCAAGCCUCUGACAGAUGAACUGAGCUUUGGCAGAAUCUUAUGCUUUGAAGGAGGCUUUAGGGGCUCCAGGCCGCCUGCCGUGAUUGGUGCAGUGUUUAGAUGUCUUGUACCUGUUCUCAAUAACCAGGAAGGGUCUGUUAUGAUGCCUUUGCUCACCUCUGGUGACCAGGGCUACUCCGAACAGCUUGUGCUAAGACAGGUCAUGAAUGCUGCUAUUCACUGGAUGAAGGCUGGCCUCCCAUUACGAACCCUUAAGGUUGUCAUCUUCGCCAGGAAUCCCGAAAAGGAAGAUAAGUCACACAAGCCUCUAUUUGAGCUUUUCAAAGAGUACAAAGACAAGUAUGAGGACAAGAAUAUUGAUGAAGAAAUCCAGGACCCUGCUGACUCCAAAGAUAUCUACUUGUCCCAUGCCAGUGAGGACCACAACACAGCAGUAGAAGUGCGAAAAUACCUUGAAUCAAAAGGAGACAUCAGUAUCUUUGACCAGGUCCAAGAGCUGAAUGCCAAUGAGUCAUGGCAGGAUGAGAUAUACACUGCCAUGGCCCGCUGUGCUCGUGUGGUCACCUUGCUUAGCCCUGAAUACCUUUCAUCGGUCAGCUGUAUCGAGCAGUACAACAUGGCGAUGUGCAUCAGCCGUAAGAAGCACAAAGAAGUGCUGGCUCCACUCUACAUCACUACUAUACCGACACUGCCCACCUACAUGGGCCUUAUACAGUAUAUAGACUGCAGACCCAGAGACACAGAGAAACUAGAGAAAGCAAUGUACGCGAUCAAGGAGUGGUUAUCCAGCAACAAGGUCAAGCAAGAAGUAUCUCCGCUCGAGUUGUCCCAACUCUCUGGCGACAAACACGACGUGUUUAUAUCUUACUCCCACUGUAAUGAUGCCGAGGCGAUGAAGGUGCUGCAACUUCUAAAGGAACACAACCCGUCCAUAAACGUGUUCAUUGAUACAUCCGGGCUCAAUACGGGGGCGUCAUGGCAACAGGCCCUCUACCACGCCCUUGAUAAUUCUCGUAGCGUAGUAGCCCUCCUGUCUCCUGAUUACGUCAAGUCCAAGGUGUGCAAGGAGGAAUACUCUCUCGCGCUAGCACUGCACAUGGACCCUCAAAGGGACUUCCGCCUGGUUUCCAUAGUGAUAGAGCCUGUCGAUCAGUUACCGGUUUGGUGUUGCAAGCCCCUGGCGGUGGACUGCAGCGCAGAGGAUGCAGACGGAACCAGUCACCUAUCUGUCGUUGUCAGAAGCUUAUCUGCUCCAGAAGAGGAAAUUGCAGACUUGCAGUACAGGCUCUCGCUUCUCAAGUCUAGUGACGUCACCAUCGAUGCGAUCACCACCAAGUACCGGCAAAUUCAGUUCGUGCGAAGACAGAAGCUCUUACCGGAACCAGUCCCCUACUACUCCCAGCCGAGUGAACGAUCGGGACAUGCGCACGACGUGGUCUUCGCAUCUGACGGUCACCACCAGUCAGCAGCAAUCCCCGAUAACGAGCAUGCGCAUGAGAGGGGGUGUGACGUAGCACUGAGCUACUCAGUCGAGGAUUCGCCAGCUGCGGCGACAAUGAAGCAGCUCCUCAUCGAAAGGUACCCGGAUUUAAAAAUAAGCGAACCGCUGACUGGAAGUUCCACAUCUCGGCUCGCAGCUCUGGACGAAGCUCGAGUGAUUGUUGUUCUGCUUUCAACAUGCUUUCUGACCUCCAAAGAGCUUGUCCAUGAACUGAACAUCGCUCUCUACAGACACCGCUGCAGCAAGGAACAGCUACUGUACAUCGUCCAUCUCUCUGCGCUACCGCCAACACCUACGUACGUCCACCUGAUUCCAUGUGAAUUCGCCGCCGCAGAUUAUUACUGGAAGGUACAGGCCUCGCCCAAUCAGCAGUGCGUCGGCGAAGGCAGGCGCUUCGCGGUGGACGAGGGCGUUGCUAGCUGUUUGAUUGACGCUUCUGACGUCAUAGCUUCUCGUCUGGCUGGAGAGGUCAGUGGCUAUCAAGGCGAUUACUGUCAGGUCUUGCUGAAUGGACUUGAGGUGUUGCAUACGUGGGACGAGUUAUGCGGGAGGAUGAGGGAACUGCAGGGAAUGCAGAGGUUACAGCGAGCGUUUGGCUUGGAAUUGACCGUGGAAAUGCCACUAGAGGAACGUAGAAAGGUUGUGGAGAAAGAUUUUAAAACAAAAAUGGCGACAGAUGCAAAAACUGAGAAAGCACCCGAAAGCCCCCGCGAGCUGGUCGAUAAAGAGAAACCUGUUAUUAUACGCACGAGAACUGUGUCAUUCUCGCCUGAGGUUGAGGUGGCCGAUGACGCGUAUCAUAGCAGCCACCGUAGCGCCGCCUGUUCUCUUUUUUAAACUCUCAUCAUCCGGCCAGAACCCCACGUGAUAAGUCCGCAGCCCCAAAGCCUGCAUCUAGCGAACCUCCCCGAAAACCCUCUGAAAGCGCACCCAAAAAAUACUCCACCCCAUCAACAGACACCCCACAGCAGCUUAAACCUCGCAUAUAGCAGGACGCCCACCCCCCCCCCCACCCCCCCAAAAUUCAUCCCACAGCGAACUAAACCUCGCGUAAAGCCAACCCUACUUCUCAUACCCCUCCUAAAAAAGAACGGUACCGCCAGGUCGAGGUAGUAAACAUGCUAUGCUAGCUCAUGGUAGAAUUGUUGCAAUAAAAAAAAAAGGAUGUAUAAUUAGAA